UGAAAUCAUUGAACUCCUACCAUCACAACCAACACAUUAACCCUUAAAAACAGAUUUACCCCUUCUUGAUCUUUCUCAUCUAUGAACCCUAAUUUCUCAUUUCUGACUAAUCCACAUUGUAAUAUAUAUAUAUAUAUAUAUACAUAUUUGGGGGAAAAAAAAAAAAGAAAACAAGAAAAGGGGUUAAACACCUACUCCCAUACUACUGAAGACCACCAUUCUCUUUUCAGUUUACAAAGGCUUGUUUUGCAGAAAACUUUGAGAGGAUUCUAAUGUUUAUUUGUCAGAGAGACAGAAACCACUCAGAGUUUAGUUGUUUUCUUUCUUGGCUUCAUUAGAACCUGCAAACAGGUAUGCUCCACACCUUCAUUUGUCUCCACUCCAGACUCUGAGAAAGCCUUUCCUCAUCAGUCUUCACAGUUCCAUAUGCUGUGGUAGCAGCUUUUGUGCUUGUAGUCUCUCACAUUUACUACUGGUCUGGUGUUUUCUUGGGGUUCUGGAAGGAAGACUGAAAAACCUUAUUCUUUUGAAGCAUCAGUUCAAUGGUGGUGGAGUUAUUUGUUGACAGAAAAAUGGUUGCAGAAGCAGUAAUGAUUUCAAAGUUGUGAUCUUGAAAGUUUGAAGAGAAGGGUUUUUGAGGGGGUGGUUGGAGUGGUUUGAUACAGUUUAUUUUGUUGAUUGUAUUUUGUUUUUGGUCUUAAUCUGAGAUGGGUUUUCGAGUAUUUGUUUCUUUCUUGGUUGUAACAAUGUUCUUCAGGCCUUUGGUUUGCCAAGAACCCAAUACAGAUGAGUCCUUUGUGUUUGAAUUCUUGCAGAAGAUGGGCUUAAACCCCUCCAAAAACAGUGGCUUUUCUGGCUCAUUCUGUUCAUGGAGAGGAGUUUUUUGUGAUGGCAAUGGUGUAAAUGUUGUUGGUUUGGAGGUCUCAGGUUUGGGUUUAUCUGGUGUGAUUCCUGAUACCACCAUUGGGAAACUGACAAAGCUUGAAACGUUGGAUCUUAGUAAUAACAAAAUCACUGGUUUGCCUAAUGAUUUCUGGAGUUUGGGCUCUCUCAAGAAGCUUAAUCUCUCACAAAACCAAAUCUCUGGGAUGCUACCAAGCAACAUAGGCAAUUUUGGUCAUCUUCAAAGCUUGGACCUUUCUUUCAACAAUUUCUCUGGGAGCAUCCCUGAAGCAAUGAGCUCCCUAGCCGGUUUGCGAGCUCUGAACCUCAGUCGUAACGGGUUCGAAUCAACUGUUCCAUCGGGGAUCUUAGAGUGCCGGUCUUUGGUUUCUGUUGAUCUAUCAUCAAACAAGCUCAAUGGUUCACUUCCCAAUGGUUUUGGUGCUGCGUUCCCAGAAUUGAAAUUCUUGAACCUGGCUGGAAAUAGAAUUUUUGGUCGUGAUUCGGAGUUUUCUUGGAUGAAAUCAAUCAGAUAUCUUAACAUUUCAGGCAAUUUGUUCAAUGGCUCUGUUGCUGGUAUCUUUGAAGGGCCAGCAGAGGUGAUUGCUGAGGUAAAUUCCACCUUCAAUUGGUCGAAUUUGCUCUAUUUGGAUGUCUCAGAUAACCAGUUAAGUGGAGAAUUUUCCACUGUUUUUAGUCAUGCUUUGAGUCUUAAGCACCUUAAUCUUGCACACAAUAGAUUUACCAAACAACAGUUAUUUCAAGUUGACAUCCUUUCCAAGUUAGAGUAUCUGAACUUGUCUGCAACUAAUUUGAUUGGUCAAAUUCCUAGUAAUAUCUCACAUUUAAGUAGUUUGCGAAUUCUUGAUCUGUCGAAAAACAAUCUCAGUAACCAUAUUCCUCCUAUUGUUACCAAGAACCUUCAAGUUCUUGACCUUUCUUACAACAAGCUAAAAGGUGACAUCCCAUUAAUGCUUUUAGAAGAACUCCAUGAGAUGGAGCGAUUCAACUUCUCUUACAACAACCUAAGUUUUUGUGCAUCGGAAUUUUCCUCCGAAACCUUUCAAUCAGCUUUUAUUGGAGCAGUGAACAGCUGCCCGAUUGCUGCAAAUCCAGCCUUCUUCAGAAAAAAGGCUCCAAAGCAUAGGGGACUAAAGCUUGCUCUGGCUCUAGCACUCUCAAUGGUUUGUUUGCUUGUGGGAUUGCUCUUUUUAGCCUUUGGAUGUCGAAGGAAAACGAGAAUGUGGGCAGUGAAACAGAAUUCUUGUAAGGAAGAACAGAUUAUCUCCGGACCCUUCUCGUUCCAGACGGAUUCAACUACUUGGGUAGCUGAUGUUAAGCAAGCAGCAUCCGUGCCUGUGGUAAUUUUCGAGAAGCCAUUGCUGAACUUCACGUUUGCGGACCUCUUGUCUGCAACAUCUCAUUUUGAUCGUGGUACACUGUUGGCAGAAGGGAGGUUUGGGCCCGUGUAUGGUGGACUGUUGCCGGGAGGAAUUCAUGUUGCCGUUAAAGUUUUGGUCCACGGAUCCACCAUGACGGACCAGGAAGCAGCAAGAGAACUUGAGCAUCUUGGUCGGAUUAAACAUCCUAAUCUCGUUCCGCUAACAGGAUACUGCUUGGCCGGAGAGCAAAGAAUUGCAAUUUAUGAUUACAUGGAAAAUGGGAACCUGCAAAACUUGCUUUAUGAUUUGCCCCUUGGUGUUCAAACUACAGAAGACUGGAGCGCAGACACUUGGGAAGAUGGAAACACUGGGAUACAGAAUGUCAGCUCCGAGGGGUCGUUAACGACUUGGAGAUUCAGGCACAAAAUCGCACUCGGCACUGCCCGUGCAUUUGCAUUUCUUCACCACGGCUGCUCACCUUCUAUCAUUCAUAGAGACGUCAAAGCGAGCAGCAUUUAUCUCGACUCUAACUUAGAGCCAAGACUGUCAGACUUCGGACUGGCUAAAAUUUUCGGAAAUGGACUUGAGGACGAGAUUGCUCGUGGAUCACCAGGAUACAUGCCACCCGAGUUUCUCCAGCCAGAGGGUAGCUCACCACAAGCCCCAACGCCAAAAUCUGAUGUUUAUGGAUUUGGAGUGAUUCUCUUUGAGCUGGUUACAGGGAAAAAGCCUGUGGAAGACGACUAUCCAGAUGAAAAGGAAGGAAACUUAGUAAGUUGGGUGAGAGUAUUGGUGAGGAGGAAUCAAGCUUCACGAGCAAUCGAUCCAAAGAUCCGUGGAACAGCACCUGAAACAACAAUGAUUGAGGCUCUUAAGAUUGGAUAUCUUUGCACGGCCGAAAUCCCGUCCAAGCGGCCCUCCAUGCAUCAGGUGGUUGGACUACUCAAGGAUCUUGAACCAGUUACACAAAAAUGAAGACAAACACUAGGAAACAUGUUGAAGUUUUUAGCCUUUCUUUUUACCUUUGUUCUCUUAAAGUGAUCACUAGCUUUAUGCUGCAGUGAAAAGUCUGUAUAGCAGCCCGAGUUUUGUUUGCGACAUCUGAACGUCGCACGUUUUCAAUACUCGUAUUCGUGGCUAAUACGCCCAAGUUACACGUCCCCGUUUUAAUCCAUAAGAUAAUACACUCUGUGCCUGUUUAUAUUGUCAAAAAUA